UUAAUUUAUAAGAUGUAAAAAAAAAAAAUAAAUAAAAAACAAACACAAAAAAUUAAACAAAAUCUAUUCAGUCUAUUAAAAAUUAGGAAUUUCUAUUAUCAGGAUUCAUAUCCGGCUUAGAACUGGCUAAAUUUACUAAUAGAACGUAAAUUUACCGCUAAAGAGUCACUGGAAAAGCAACAGCUGUGGCUUGUUUGUUUUCCACUCUCUAUUCCGAUUCCAUUUUAUAAAUGCGAGGGACAUGCACUCUUUUGACGACAGUGCGCAGGCUCCAAUAAUUAUGGCAUUUCGUUUGACAACAGAAACGAAAGUAUUAGAUAAUAAUGCAACCAUCGUCAAUAACAGAGCAACGAAAAGAGACGCUGACAAAACAAAAAGUGUGCAAUCGAAAUAGAAACAGCAACAGAAGUAAGGAGAACAGCAAAAUAUAUUAUAUUAUGUGGUCAGUGAAAAAUUUGUGCGCAAAAUUGAAAAUUAAAUGCAGCUAAUUAAAUCGAAUAAUCAGAGCAAAAUUCGGCGCAAGCAAUAUUCGUAGCAAUACCGACAACAACAACAGCGCAAAUAACCGUAAUAACGGUCGCAGCAUAUUUAGCGGACGUGGGCAUUGUGUGUUGUGGGCAAUGAGCGGCAGCGGUGGCGGAGGCAGCGGCGGUAACGGACGUCUAGCAGCAGCGCAGUCGUUGCAAAAUGAACACGCCGAAGCGCUACUGGUGCAACUUAAUGAGUUCCGUAAAAAUGAGCAGUAUACGGAUGUUUGCUUGGUUUGUGAUGAUCUGCGUAUUAAGGCCCAUCGCAACAUACUCGCCGCUGCGAGCCCCUACUUCCAGGCGAUGUUUGGCGGCAACUUUCCAGAGAGCUCACAGAACGAAGUUCACAUACACGACAUGGAGCCGCGUUGUUUAGAGCUGGCAGUGGACUUCAUUUACACCGGCCACCUGGAUAAUUAUGUUGAUUGUGUGCAACAGUUGCUGGAGACUGCGGCCUUUCUGCAGCUGGAGCAUUUGAUGGACUUGUGUACGGAGUAUAUGUGCGCACAGCUGGACGCUGAUAAUUGUCUGGGUUUUAAGCAUUUUGCAGAGAAACAAAAUAAUUUCACGCUGCUGGAUUCGGCUUGCCAAUACAUCAUAACACAUUUCAAAGAAGUAGUGCAGAGUGAGGAAUUUUUGGAUAUGACCUACUUGGAGCUCAGCAAUAUAUUGGCUAACGAUGCUCUCUACGUUCAUUCCGACGACGCUGUGCUAUGUGGCUUGACACGUUGGGCCGAACAUCGACCAACAGAGCGCACGGCUAACUUGGCACCACUGCUGCGCUACAUACAUCCAGCUUGCGUAACAGCUGAAGUGGCACGCUCACUGCCCAUCCUCAAGCAGAGCGCGGAGAGUCAGAGUUGGCUGCACGAUGUGCUGCACAGUGCCGAUAGCAUGGAGUGGAAUAUCUUUGUGUUGGACAAAAUGGGCCGCAAACCGGAUCUGCAACGCUUUAAUUUGGCAUUCGACGAGGCAACGCAGCUGCAGCCAUUGCCACGACCAGCAUUCGCCGUCAGUUUGACGGCGCACAAGAAUAUUUUAUACGCGCAAGGUGGCAGUGUGGGUCGCAGCACUCGUGAGAGUUUUUACUACAACAUCUAUCGCGAUCAGUGGCACGAGCUGCAUCCGCUGCUGAUGGAGCGUUCGCACCACCGGUCGGUCAUAUUGAAUGGCUGUUUGUAUGCGCUCGGCGGCAAUACAUUGCAAGGUGCCACCUGUUCGGUGGAGUGUUUGAAUUUGAUCACAAAUAAAGCGACAUUUCGUGAGAAUAUGCUGGCGAAGCGAAAUGCAAUGGGCGCGGUAGUGUGCGAUAAUACGCUCUACGUGAUGGGUGGUGAGACCGAUCAUCGUUCACUUUACUCGGUAGAGCGUUAUGAUCCACGUGUGGGCCAGUGGCAGGAGAUGCCCUCCAUGCGUGAGGUCAACAGCUAUUGCUCUAGCGCGGCAAUCGGUUCGCACAUCUAUUGUUGUGAGGGUCUGGGCAGCUGUAUGGAACGCUUUGACCUGCGCGCCAACCGCUGGGAUGUCAUUAACUUCUGGGAGGAGCGCGAGUUUUAUGAAAUUUUUGUCGUAAACAAUAAAUUGUACAGCGUUUCCGGUGAAGCCAUCGCACGAUACGACGAGAUGGAGAACAAAUGGCUAAGCGAGUUUAAAUUCGCCGAAUCACGUGAAUGGGACACAGCUACAGGCUUGCAGAUGGUCAACUAUCUGAGGCUUUAAGGUUACAAAAAAUCGCAUAUGGUGGCUAAAUCUCCUUCAUCCUUGGAGUGUCAAUUGUGUUUGUUUAACUUAGCAUAUUCAGAAGAGUAUUUAUAAUAAUAUUUCAAAGUUGGUAAUUAAAGUAGAGGUCGGUUGGGUACUUAAUAAUUAUAAAAAAUGUAAUAUUGUAUAAUACAAAUAGUUAUUGUACAAUAUAUAUUGUAGGCCUACCAUAUGUUCGACGGCAUUUCCAAAGAGAAAUACAAAUAAUAAAAUCGGUUUUAUUUAUCACUUUUGAUAUAAGUGAAAUGACUUUGAAGUCUUUGCAAAAUCGAAUUAUUAUGAAAUUCCAAAUAUAUAAUUAUAUUAUAAAACCAUAAAUUUAAUAAUACAUAAUAUUAUAUACAUACAUAGGUAUUUGAAUAAAAUUCGAUAAGAUCUUCUAAGUAGCUGUCCAUUACAGAUUCUUUAGAAUUCUUGAAGUAUUCUCGUAGAAAUAUUAAUUUCAUUUACUCAGCUAUGUACAAUUGCGUGUACAUAUGUAUGGUAUAUAGCACAUAACAUCAUAUUAUGUAAACGAAAGCCCAUUUAACAAAAAACUGUUUUUUAUCGAGAUUGAAAUGUUAGCAA